UCCUAGUCAAGACACGUGGGAGGCUUUUCCUUCCGGUUAGUGUUCUCCCUAGAAUUUCUGACCGAUCCAACACAGAACCCCCGUGUUCUUCCGAUCAACGAAGCCAAACCAUAACCCUGAACUUUACCCAACAACCGUAUCUGAUCAUGGCCUACGGCGAUGGCCAUGAUUCACGGCGCAAGCACCGCCAAUCCUCUGCUCCGAAGGACGCCGACAGAUCCUCGAAGCGCCACCGCCACCGCCGCCGCCAUGGAAGCAGAAAACACGGCGAAGAAAGUGAACGCGAUUGCGAAACCGCCGAUUGUGAAACUGCUCCGUUGGCUACUUCUCAGAUUCUGCAUUGUAGCUCUGGCACGAAUCGUCGCGCCCCCGAUGAUGACGAUGUCGAGGAGGGAGAAAUUCUCGAAGAAGACGGUGCCGACAUCGCGAAGCUAGACGCUCGAUCUGAUGCUAAGCCUGCUGAAACUGGCGUGCCCGGAGAUCGAGAUGAUCAAUCCAAUACCUCAAAUCUGGGACAUUUUGUCAGGGAGACUUUGUUGCAUGCCGAAGAUUUAAAAACUAGAACACGGUGUAUUGUUGAUGAUAAAUUUAUUAGUCCUGAAUGUGAAGAUGAGGCGUGCCGAAGGAGUCACUUUGGCAGUGAAAUACACGAAGAUGGUACGGGCAAUGGCCUUUUGGAUGGGAAGGAUGAUGGAACUAGUACAUAUUCUAUGGGCAAUGGACUUUUGAAGAAUAAAUCUUCGGGAAGGGACAUGCGGCAUGGUGGGGAAUAUGAAUGUUUUAAGGGAAAUGAAACACAUAACGGUUAUUGUGAUGACGAGGACGUAGAGUUGGAGGGACAGAAUGUUGGUUACUAUAUAAUCUCUUCCUCAGAAAGUGGAGGAGAGAAAUAUAGAAGAUCAAGAAGGUCAUGUUCUCGUGAUAGAUAUAGAAGUCCAUCAAGAUCAAAUGGUCGUGCCAAGGACGGGUCUCGUUCUGGAAGUAUAGCAGAAAAACAUGCUCAUUCAAAGAGAAGGCACCCUGAUGAACAGGGGGGGCUUUCAUAUUGUGGUAGACUGGAGACUUACUACGGCCUUGAUGAUGAAGGAAUGAUGGCAAGCAGAUGGGAGAAUAGGGAUUUGGUGGACAAAAGAAGCGAACACAGAGCAAGUUAUCAUGUUGUGGAGGCUCGGGAUAGGGGUAGGGAUAGGAAUAGGAGUAGGGACAAAGAUGUCAAGAGAGACUUAAAGAUGGAAAAAGAACAAGAGAGUUGGGUGUUUAGAAGGGAGAAAGAACAUGAAAGGAGCCAUGAGAGGCACAAAAGGAAUGGAGAAGAAGAGAGGAGGCAGAGAGAGGAUUAUAGGGACAGGAGAAGAGAAAAGGAAGUAGAUAGGAGCUGUGAGACAGUGUUUGAGAGGGAUAGGAGAAGGGAAAAGGAAAGAUAUCGAAGUAGAGAGAGAACAAGGGGUGAUGAGAGAGAUAGGGAGCGGGAGACUGCUGAACAUGAUGAUAAGGGUUGGGAAAGAGAUAAAAUUAAGGAGAGGGAGAAGCGAGAGGAUAGAGAGAGGCGCACAGGCAGAGACACUUUGAAUUGCAUGGGUAAGUAUCUGCCUCAUGAAGAUGAUUAUGAUAGUCGUGAUAGGCAUAAAAUGCAGACAAAACAAGAAGAAAUAGAAGACCACCAAAAAAGUAAAAAGAACUCCUUGCCUGUAAUGGUUUAUGAUGAAAACAAACUACAAAGAAGGGAGGAUGAACAAGAUGAGUUAGAUGAGAAGGUUACAUUGCAAUCACCUGAUCAAGAAGAAGAACAUUUCAAUAGGGUUAAAGAAGAGAGUAGAAGGAGAAGGGAGGCAAUCUUAGAGAAAUACAAGAAGCAGCAGCAACAAGUGCAACAAAAUACAGAAAACAAAAUAAAAGAGAUUCCUCCUACCGUUCCUGAUGUUCUCGAUGAUGUGGAAGUGGAAACAUUAUUCUCAGUCAGGAAAUCUCCUCUGGUAAAUGGGGUCGUUGCUUCUAAUAUGAUCUCUUGCUCUGGGGCCCUUAGAGAGGGUACACCAAAGAGUAAAGAAGCUGAUGACGAAUUUUGUGAUGAUAUAUUUGGUGAGACACCAACUGGAGCUCAGAAAUCAGGUAAAGGAGAAGGUUUAAGAAUUGAGAAUGGUGGCCUACAUGAUAAUUGGGAUGAUGCAGAGGGUUAUUACAGUUAUCGAUUUGGUGAAAUACUUGAUGGCCGGUAUGAAGUCAUUGCUGCUCAUGGGAGAGGUGUCUUUUCAACAGUAGUCCGGGCAAAGAAUCUUAAAAGUAUUAGUGGUGAACCUGGAGAAGUUGCCAUAAAAAUAAUUCGUAGUAAUGACACAAUGUACAAGGCUGGUAUGGAUGAAUUGGUUAUAUUAAAGAAAUUAGUAGGUGCUGAUCCAGAUGAUAAGCGUCAUUGUGUUCGUUUCCUUUCUAGUUUCAAGUACAGGAAUCACCUCUGUUUAGUUUUUGAAUCUCUCCAUAUGAAUCUGCGUGAGGUUUUAAAGAAGUUUGGUCGCAAUAUUGGCCUUAGGCUAACUGCAGUUAGAGUGUAUGCUAAACAACUUUUUAUUGCACUGAAGCAUCUCCGGAACUGUGGUGUUCUCCAUUGUGAUAUAAAACCAGAUAAUAUGUUGGUGAAUGAGGCUAAAAAUGUUUUGAAGCUUUGUGACUUUGGUAAUGCCAUGUUUGCUGGUAAAAAUGAAGUUACGCCAUAUCUAGUGAGUCGCUUUUAUCGUGCCCCUGAAAUCAUACUUGGUUUAACCUAUGAUCAUCCAUUGGAUAUGUGGUCUGUAGGAUGUUGUUUGUAUGAGCUCUAUACAGGGAAAGUUCUUUUUCCAGGUUCUACAAACAAUGACAUGCUACGGCUCCAUAUGGAACUGAAGGGCCUUUUUCCUAAAAAGAUGCUUCGGAAGGGAGCAUUUAUUGAACAGCAUUUUGAUCAGGACCUGAAUUUUCUUGCUACAGAGGAGGACCCUGUGACAAAAAAGGCAAUAAAGCGGAUGAUUAGCCAAUUUCAAGGAUCUUCUCGAAAAGGUUUUUGUAUUGGAUCCAGACAAGAGGUUGACAGUCUCACAGGCAUUGAAUCACCCGUUCAUCACUGGCAAGUGAACAAUGUGCUGAUUUUGACUACCAAAAUGAUGUUCACUGAUUUCUGUACAUAGUGUUUCAAUUUAUAUUGAGAUUCUAAUUAUUUGGCAUUAUUUAUGUUCUCUGUACGGCCCAAGAGGUACCCAGCACAGUUGUUGGCCUUUGAAGUGAAAAAGCGUGAUGUCUGGUCAGAGUGAACACUUCACUGGCAGUUCUUUCAGUGGAAAGUGCUCUUUAUAUUGAGACCUUCCAAUGGUUUGAGGCAUUCCUCUCGUGGUUAGAUGCUUAAAAGGCACCCAGUAGAAGGUACCUUGACUUGUUUAUUGGGAGAUUAAUUUGAAGCAAUAGUAAUUUAUGAUAUCCAUUUGAAUUUUUUCUCUCUUUCGUUUCCAAUAGCUGUGUAUUAUUUAGGGGAAUAAUUUGAGUUUAAAUGAUCUUUUUUCUGAGUCUCGAGGAAAUUCAAUGGUCUACUGAGCGUACUAUUUUCUGUUUAAAUCAAGGUAGCUUAGUUUGGGGAAUGGGGGUUGUACCUUUUCCGUGUUUUACUUUUUUUUUGCCUUUUAAGUGUGUUGCUGUCAUGGCUUGAAUCAGGCUGUAUAUCGACAUUUUAUAUGUUAAAAUUAUAGUUUAUCUUUUCUUUCCAUCAUAAAAUUUGAUAAUUUUCUUAGACGCGAUGUUAAAUUUCCUUUAUUACAUGUGCUAAUGAGCUAUCAUUGCAUUUUAUCCAUGGCUGUCAUCCGGGAGGCAUUCCAUUGGAGGUGUUUGGCUGUAUUCUUGAAGCAAGCUCUAAUCUGUACUGUACUUUGGUCCUGCAAUUUUUAUAUAUAAUUCAUAUGUAUAUAAGUUAUACAUAUCAUAACUCAAAAAAUAGGAGUUUAAGAGAAGAAAGUGACAAGAAUAGAGUAGCGGUGCUGAAUUCAAAAAUACAUUAAACAUAGAAGAGAUAGAUGCUUCAUAAAGACCACUUGUGAUGUGUUGCAGGGUUGUUCAUUGUCGAACAGAGAAAGGGAGAAAAAAAUAUAGCACAAAAUAGGGUUAGGGUUUUUAAGCAUUCUAAAAAGGGGAAUUUAGCCCAUAUUCCUCUUAAAAAAACUCUCAAAACGGUUCACAGUUCUGAGCAGAAAGGUAAACACUGGAUCAUUUCUACAGCAAAAGCCCACCACACAAAAUUGGCCUUGAUGGCUAUGGCAUCACCACCAGGCUUCAUGGUUACUUGGGCUGGCCAAAGAACCCCUGUGAUCACCACUGUUGAGUAUGGGAUUAAAAUUGAGCAGUACAGGGUAAGCCAUCCAAUUUUGGCGGGCUGAACAUUUAUUCAACUUUUCAUUAUAUAAUUGGCAUAUUUUUAUACUCAUGGUCCUAUACAAUUAUUUGAUCUUAACAGUUCUAUUGUCGUCCUAUAGUGAGCCCACUGUACUCUUAAUAUUGUAAAAUGCUACAAUCUUGAGCAAGGUUUUAAUGACCUUAGCAGUACAAGUUAAGAUUGUAAUGUCCUACAAUACAAUAUGGAUCAAGAUUUAAAUUAACUUAGUAGUAUGUUAUCUUUAUUUUUAUCAUUAGGUCUUUGUUUUAAGAGAACAAAAGUGUAUGUUGAGACUGAAUGGUGUUGAUAAUUAGGUCAUUCACACCGAACCAUUUUUAAUGGAAUUUGUAUUCAAUUACCUCAUUUUGUUCAGUUCGUCACACAUUGUCAGGUGUAUAAUUUCAAAUGUCUCAUCUCUAGACAGGAUCAAUAGGUAACUCAGUAGAUGCUAAAAUUAUUAUUUUUUAUCUGUUGGGCGUCGGGGGACACUUAAGAUGAUAGGUUGAUUUCUUAUGAACCCAUAUUUUGGUAGUUUUGUAUGCUGCAAGAAGGUAUGUAGAGCUAAAUCUUAUGUGGAGAUUUCCCCCCUCCCUUGUCGUAGCAAUGGUGCCAACUGCCAUAGUUCCUACGCCAAUUUAAGCUAAAAGCCUGAAACGUAGUAGGCCAAAAUAUCAUAUCACCAUCCAACAUUACUAAAACAGAAAUUUCUUCAUGAAGGUCCAGAUUGUGAUUAGCCAAAUCUAAGCAUUAUGAUAUUGAUUUUUGCACUGAACGACAACUAUUGUGGUUCUCACGCUCCAAGUACCUCUAGCUCUAGACUUUAUGUAGUUACAACCGGAAAUAAGCAACAGUUUGAAGUCAUUCUUUAAGAAAUAAAUAGUAGGAAGCUGAAGUCCUUGAAACUUUAAACUAUACGAUUUCUUACAGAUGACAUUUGUCCUAUUCGAUGACACUAUUAUUCUUCUCUCCUAGAUCAGCUAUGACGAAAACUGAGACUUCUUCCUGAGGUCAAUAUUGUGUCUGCUCAUACAGAUUCGAUAAAGACUGGGUUUACUUGUUGGGAGUAAGAUAUGUAAUUAACUCUUUUUAAUUUGUUUUUCUCUCUACCUGUACCAUUUCCUGUAAUACAAAGUUGAAUCUUACCGUCAGCUGAGGCCUGACGAGAAGGAUUAAGGUCUUUUCCAUGCGGAACAACUUGAGUUGCUGAAGGCUUUAGUUUUUAUUGACAUCCUCGGAGAAGCCUAUGUCGUGUCAAAGAUUUCUCCUCAGUGAAAUUGUCUAGAAGUUGUGAUAUUAAUUUUUAAUACUAGCUACACCCAAAUACAGGAAUGGGUUUCUGUAUCUAGUUAUCGAAAUAGCAAAGGUGCAUUUAAGUUGAAUUAUUUCAUUGAUCUUAGGGUUUAUAGUUUAUACACACACACACACUCACAAAAUGAAGGGUCUGCCAUUAAUGGGGAACUGCCCGCGUAUCACCUACAAUGGAAUUGGUUAUUAAAGUAGAGGAGAAUAGAGGAACAAACAAGAUCAAUGAAAGUAAGGGGAGACAACCAGCACAGCAUGUGAUGCAGAGGAGAAAAUUUACUUAUGGUCUUCCGAUGUUUUUCAUGCUAUGUACUUCUGGUUGUAGAAGGUUUUCACGUCCCUUUUCGUGUAUCAUGUUUACUGAGUUCAGUACUUCUUGAUAACCACUAUCUAAGUGGUUAACAACUUACAAAUGGCUGCAGUAAUCGUGAAAAUUGAUUGAGUAUUCUAAAAUACUAAUUCCUGUGCCUAGCAUGAAUCUUUCGUUAGUUACAUGUCACAUUUUCUGAUGUUAUAUUUCUGUCAUUCCCUCUCUUAGCCAUUAGCUUUUGGGGUUUAUGGCUUCCAAAUAUGGUGAUACUAAAGCACAUGAACUUGUGCCAUGCUGUUCCUGUGUUGGGUACCAUUUAUAUAUGCUUUACUUUUGGGGUUUUAUUUUAGUGGUUUCUUGAUGAGUGUGUAUGAAUGAGAAAGAUGUUUAUUGGUAAAUACAAUAUUUGUUUAAAUUUCUUUAAUAAAAUUUACUUUGAAUCUAA